GUUGUUUCCGGAUGGGAUUCUCUGCUGCCACGUACUUAUUUUGAUUGGGUGCGCAUUUGUUAUGUUGCCGACUGGAAACACAUUAUUUCAGGUUUGGUUUGACAAGCCACCGCUAACUUUGGUGUGAGCUUUGAGUGUAACGUAUUUUUCACUUGGUAAAAAUGUCCGAGGCUUUGUUGCAGUGGUGUAUGGACCAGUUACAUCACAAGUUUGGGUUGGAGGCAUGUGAAGACAUCGUCCAAUAUAUUCUAUCCAUUGACAAUGCUGAAGAGAUUGAGGAGUAUGUGGGAGACCUCCUGCAGGGCACAGAUGGGAGAAAAGGACUAUUCAUAGACGAGUUCAUCAGCAGAUGGAAGAAGAUUCAGAGACAGGCCACUGAUAGCUCAAGUCGUUACCUUCUCAAUGAAUCUUUCUCAUCACCAGAUUCACUAGACAUGACCAAAGAUACCCAGAAGAAGUCUAAACGCAAGGGCCGUAACAAACAGGAAGCGAUGACUGUGAGCCAAUCAGAGCCUGAGCCAGAGGCAGUCAAAACCCCCAUUGAUCUAAUGAGGGCCCAAGAAAACAGUAGUACAUCUUCAACAAAGAAGAAGAGUAAGUUUGUCAAUCUGUAUGCCAAAGAGGGACAAGACCAGCUGUCUAUCUUAUUCCCAGGUCGACAUGGCUGUGAAUGCCUUGCCCAAAAGCACAAACUGAUCAACAACUGCAUCAGCUGUGGUCGUAUUGUGUGUGAACAAGAGGGCUCAGGACCCUGUCUCUUCUGUGGAAACCUGGUCUGCACAAGAGAGGAGCAGGAGAUCCUGCAACGAGACUCCAACAAAAGCCAGAAACUAAAAAAGAAGCUUAUGGGAGACGGUGGAGAAAGAGAUUAUCUCCCAAACCAAGAGGCCAAGAUGAAGACUAGCCUGGAGAAGGCUGUCCAGCACAAAGACAAACUGCUGGAUUAUGACAAGAACAGUGUCAGGAGAACGCAAGUUCUGGAUGAUGAGUCGGAUUACUUUGCCACCGAAUCCAAUCAGUGGUUGUCGCCCAAUGAGCGAGAAAAACUUAGGAAAAAGGAAGAGGAGCUGAGGGAACUUCGCCAUGCCUCUCGCAAGGACAAGAAGAUCACGUUGGACUUUGCUGGUAGAAAAGUGAUUGAUGAGGGAAACGACCUCAACGACUACUACGAGAAGUUGGAUGAGACCCUCAUGGCUAUGAACAGCGACUCCAAAUCCCCAAUGUUUUGUCGACCAGGUGGAAGGCAGACCCUCGGAGAGCUGGUCAACCCCAACAUAGUGCAGUCUGCACCAGAGUGGGUGGAUGUUGGAGGCAGUGAAAGCUACAAGAGAAAUAGGAAGCAGGGAAAGAGCUUGACAGAGGACAAGGGAGGAGAGGAACGUCAGAAGCUGCGGCUCCAAGACAAAGACCUGCAGGAGAUGUCUGAUGGGGGCUGGUGCCUCAGCAUGCACCAACCGUGGGCCACACUGCUGAUCAGAGGCAUCAAGAGGGUUGAGGGGCGAACUUGGUACACAUCCCAUCGGGGUCGUCUUUGGAUUGCUGCUGCAGCCAAGAAGCCCACUCCUCAGGAGAUCGCUGAGGUGGAAGCCAUGUACCGCAACGUCUACAAGAAAGCGCCCAGGUUUCCGAAAGACUACCCCACCGGCUGCCUGUUGGGCUGCGUCCACGUGACCGACUGCCUGUCUCAGGAGCAGUUCGGAGAACAGUUCCCUGAUACCUGUGAGGAGUCUGCUUCUCAAUUCGUCUUCAUCUGCACCAAUCCCCAGGAACUGCUGGUGAAAUUCCCCAUGAAAGGAAAGCACAAGAUCUGGAAGCUGGAGAGUCACUACCACCAGGGUGCCAAGAAGGGGCUGGUCCCAUCAGCUGCAGAGUGACGUCAGAGGAGAAGCUGAGAAGCAAAAACAGUCUGAUCUCACGGGAACAUGGCAAAUUAUGUUUUCCAAGAAUGGCUCCAUUCUCCACUGGGUUGUCCUGACAUUUAAUCCAUUAUUAUCAACGUUGACAUAUUAUCAGUUUCAGCUCUACUUGUGUUGUUAAUCAGUGGCAUUUGAACUUUACAUAAGGAAUAUUGCUUUAAAGUAUACAGAACAUAGACAUAUAAUAAUUUAGACACAUUUCUAUAUUCUGCUGUGUUUCUACUUGACUGUUUGCAGAAAUAAAAUUAAAGGAUCAUUAGGUUUAA